GCUGGCUGUGCUGCUGGGCUGAUCAUCACACCAGAGGCUACGGAAUGUCAGAAAUAAUGACAUUAGGAUGUCCGCUCAUUGAAUACUAGGCAUAGCCAAUAUGUAAUUUGCCAUGAAAUUCACACUACAGUAUAGGUUCUGCCUCCUUUAUUGAAAGGUGUGGCCAUGAAUCAUUGGGAGGCAACAUACAUAAUUGCACCAGUAGGAAAAUGAACAGUUCUUUUCCAACAGUCCGCCCAAGCAGUAGACUGGGAUACAGAGGUCACAAGCAGAGAAGCAGCGACACCUUUAGCCUACUGGACGAGGACACGUUUAACUCGGCAUAGAUCGUACCGUGGAAUUUAUAUCAAAAGGAUUACGCCUCAUUCUGAGUGUAUUUUCGCUAACUCAAAAAGAAAAACCACAAUGAAUAUUUAUCUCAGAUUUGCAAUUUUUAUCGUUUAUGGAUCAGUGUCUUUCGGGAUAUCAAGUGGUGCCUCUGCCAAUACCAUUGACAGGCACGGGGAUAAGUCUCCRGCCCAAUUAGCUGUGGUCAGUCUCCUCCACAAUGAUGCGGAAAUAAGAGACAACCAGCUAGAAUAUGACGAGGAGGAAUACUAUUAUGAACAUGGUGAUGAGGACUAUCUGUCUGGGGAUUAUGAAAUGGAGUUUCCAAAAGUGGCAUUUUCCACCAAGCCGAAAGAUCUGCCCGUGGCUCCUUACACAGACAGGACAAGGGAGGGCAAGAGAAAGGGAAAGGGUAAGAAGAGGAACCCCUGUCUGAGGAAGUAUAAAGACUACUGCAUUCACGGGGUCUGCCAAUACCUGAGAGAACUACGAGAGCCAUCCUGCAUCUGUUUGCUUGGAUACUCUGGUGAGCGGUGUCACCUUUUCAGCCUGCCAGUGACAAAGGAAGCAGAAGGCUACAACAGGACAAUAGCACUGGCUGUGGUAGCAGUGGUUGUGUCCUUUCUGUGUCUGACAGUCAUCGCCAUAUUAAUGGCCAUCAGGUAUCAUAAGCAAGGUCAAUACAACCUUGAAAAUGAGGAGAAGGUCAAGCUUGAGGCGGUCCCAUAUCCUUAAGAGUUCAGUGACAGACUAGGAGGAUGACAAUUCUACCUCAGUUCAUUUUAAGAUAAAGUUCAUCCCCAAGAGGAAACUGUGGCGCCGUAGGAGGAGAUGGAUUAUGUCUACCACGUAGGACACCUGCCCGGCAUGGCCUGACAGACUUCCUGAAAGACAAUCCGGAUAGCAAACCAUGAUUAUAUGCGUGGGCCAUUUCCCAAUUGGAACAGAAAUCUCCAUUAACUAAUUGGGGCAUACUAACUUGACUGAAGUCAUUUUACAUGACACGGAGGAAUUAAAACAGACCGAGGAGAGAAUUUAGGGAAUUUAGAUUGUUGUCAGUUGGUGUCACUACCAACGUGACGCUCAUCCCUCAAGCUAUCGUACAGUAUGACAAAAGGGAAUUUAUUGUGGGCUCUCAGCUGUGUGAAGUUUUCCUUCUCCAUCUGAAAUUUUCCAUUAUUUGUAGUAUAAUGGUUUGUAUGUGGUUUUUACCAGAAUUUUCAUUGUAGUAUUGGUGUAUUGUAUCAAUCAGUCCUUUAAAUAAUUUAUUUAUUUAAUACUUAAGCGGUACUUAUUCCGAUUUGUACUUGCUUUUUUAUGUUCAGAGUGCACUGGCAGUUUGUUUGUAUGCUUCUGUAUUCUGUCAAAUCUAUGUUAAUAUGUAUUUAUAGCGUAAAACAACAUGCUGCUCAUGUUUUGAUCUAACAUUUUUGGUUAUACCAAAAUAAUAAACCWAAAAAAAAYAAAAAUGAAACGCAGAAGAAAUUCUGAAGGUGAAAAAGCAUUCAUUAUGUACUUGCUUCUAUUUCACUGAUUGAUAGAGUGAGGGUUGAACCAUCAAUGAUGAUAGAAAUGAAACAUUUUGUAAAAAAUGUGAGGAAUAAGGACAGAGUUUGAUGUAAAACUGCAAUUUGAUGAAACAUCAACUUGAGAAAUGUUUUCAGAAUGAAAAGGGCAAAAUAAACACAGCUUUUCACAGUCAAAUUA